AAAAGCCCUUGCGGUGUUGGCUCGGUACGAGGAAAUUUUCGACGUGAAGAGAGGAGGGCAACACUGGAUUUUUCUAUGAAUAACGUGAUCGGACGAGUUUGUACAUGUAGUGCGCGUACUAGGGGUAGCAGAUAAAGUGCACAGCUUCACUGGAGGCUUGAGCAUUCAAAGCUUUCGAUUUGCUCCUUUCCAGACUUUUUUUUACCACCAUAACAAUCUAAUUUUUGGACCCAAUUUGAAAGUUUGUUUCACUCGACCGCAAAAAAAAAAUGCGGUUUCCCGGCAGCGCAACAAGCAACUCAUCCUCCUCGUUCACCUCCUUCUACGUGGACUGCGUGCAGUCGAUGCAAUGCGGCGACACGAAGUCCCCGAACCCACUCACCACACUGAAGAACUCACUCCUCACACCCACCUCCUCCUGCCCCUGCAAGAAGGCGGUCGAGGAGUUUGGCGACCGGAAACUGGUGAGCUCCAACAGCCCGGUCUUUUCCACGGGGGAGCAGAAGUGCGACCCUUUGUCCUACUACUACGACGUGCAACGGGACACCUGGUACAAGUGUUGCGGCCGGCCGCUGGAUAUGCCUUGCAAAUAUGUCUGGGUUUGGAAGUGUGCAAACGUAUCAUGCUAAAUCUGAAUCUUGCAAAUAUCUGUGUUGCGUGACCCGCAGAAGACACCCACUUCUUGCCACCUUCAAGGCGAAUUUCUCAUGCGGAAUAGACAUUAAGAAGGAGAAGCUGCAGCUGCAAAAUUUGUGAUGCGUCCGGAUGCAUUCUGCACCAUCUCAGUGCUGGUCCACGAGAUGCAUGACAAACUUUGCUUUCUUCCAGGCCCAGACAUAUUUGCACUUGAUACUGGACCCAGGGAAGGAAAAACUCCCGCUGAUCGGCGACGCCUUCACCGAGAUGAUUAUUACAGUGAAAAGUGCCCCCCCCACCCCUGAAAUUGCAAAAAUUUGUGAUGCGAAGUUUCCAAAUGAGAACUUUGUGUCAUGCAUGAAAGGAGUAUGAAUCUUUCUGAUGCAGAGUCUAGGCGUGUAUCGCGUCGCUUGCAUGACAAGCGCCGCUCUUGCUGGGGUCUUUUGCAAUACAAAUUUUCGCUGUUCGCGAUUGGUAGCCUGUGAUGCUGAUAGAUGCAAGAGGGCGAGUGUUUCAUUUGGAAAGGUUUGCAAUACAAAUGCUCCCAAGUUCAGGGGUGGGGGCAUCUUUCAUCAUAAUAAUGAUCGACAAACCCUCACUGCUUUUCCCCACCGGCGUGAAAUCUUUUUUGAAAAAAGUAAAGUCCGCGGUGGUGGACAACGCCACGGCGCUGUUCGGCGCGGGCGGCUUUAUGGGAACGCAGGGAAAAAAGCAGCAGUACUGUGUGGAAAUGAAGCGGUCAAAAGGACCGGACGUGUUGGAGUCGAACAGUAAUAUUGAGAAAAAAAGCUAGCAGGACAUAUUUGUCUAUGUAAAAAGAUAUGCUGACGCAUGAGCAAGAAAAAACGAUGCUUUGGACCCGCCGGUGACAUAAUUUUUUGCCUACUUCUUCUUUUUGCAUUUAGGAAUAUGCCCUACUAAUAGGUUUUUUCCCAUGGGAUAGCCACUCCGUUGAUGGACGCCAACGACGUGCGCAAUGGCAACGCGUUCGAAGUGCCGCGGUACAACAACCAGCUGAUCUGCAUGACGCCGAAGUUUAGCAAGCUGCUGCACCAGGAGCGGGGCGACUGCAUGUGUUGGAACAGUCGGGAGGAGUGCAUACGAAUAGGAAAAUACGGCAAGCGAACGCCGGGGAUGGGGCAUAGAUACAAUGUCUUUUUUGUAUGA